AUGAAAUGCCGAGAUAUCCUCUGGGCUGAUCAACCGUUGGCCAAGCGACUUGGUUUCCAGGCCGGACUUCCCGCCUCGCGUUUCAAGAUCAAGAAUCGCACAGAAAACUUCACCCAUAUUCCAGAGCUUCAUUUAAGACGCCAUCGAGUCUUUGAUGAGCUCGAUGCCACCCACUUUCAGGGUCUGGUUGUGUUUGUUGCCGGCGUAAUCUUUUUCAUAGAUGGAUAUGACAUAUUCGGGGAUCAUAAUCCCUAUGCUUUCGCAUGUCUAUUGGCAUGGAGCGAUGCCCUCGGGAAUCGAGACUGCUAUGCGCGCUGCCUGCCCCCCCCCGUCAGAACCAUUAUCGGCCAAUAUGCACUCGGUGUUCUUGCGGACCUUUAUGGCCGCCGCAAAAUGUACGGGCUUGAACUGCUUGUCAUUAUCAUCACAACAGUCGGGGUGACAAUGGCUUCGGAAGGCGCCUCGCAAUCAAUGAACCUUGCUGGAUGGCUAAUCUUCUGGAGAUUCCUAAUGGGGAUUGGGAUUGGUGCUGACUAUCCUCUGAGCGCAGUGAUAGUAUCUGAGUUUGUUCCUACCAAGUCUCGUGCUCGAAUGAUUGCCACUGUUUUCGUUAUGCAGCAAUUAUCCCUGAGUCCCCCAGACAGAUAUACCAUGGAAGUUCUAAACCGGCCAGACGAGGCACUGGAAGAUCUGAAUGAAAUGGGAUGGAAACGAGCAACUCGUUCACCUCAUCCACAACACUGGUGGCAUUUUCUCAAGCCAAACACAGCCCAGGGAACCGCGAAUAAUAGUGGCAAUAACAAUCAUUCCAAAGCCCCUAAAAUUACCGAGCACCGGGUAUCAGGCGAGUCUAGCAGGGAUGCGCGUAACAGAUCAAUACUCAGUCCGAAUGCUCCUACUCUCCUCUCAGAAGCAAGCUCCAUAAUCACAGUUGAUGGACCAGCAAGACGAUCUAUCAAGAACUAUGACAAUUCAGACAUUGAUGAGGAGAAACCAAGCCGCCCAAACUCCUACAAAGUAAUUUCCGAAAUCUUCAACGAAAAACCCCUGAAAUUCACGCGAGAUCCAGGUGGCUCCCCUCUUUCCCUCCCUACUCGCAGCGUCUACACCGACCUCCUCGAAAACUUAUAUUCUUCAAAAUUGGCCGCAAUUUUCACUACCUUCAUGGUCCCCGCGAAGCUUUUCCCCACCCGGUUCCGUUGCACCGCCCACGGCAUCUCCUCUGCAGCGGGCAAGAUUGCGUCUGUGGUUGUGCAGGCGUUCGUUGCAUUCGCACCCAUUGGGUCCUACCGAUCUUCGGAUCCUGGUGCGGAAUGGCUGGGGUAUGUUAUUAUUAUAUUCGUGCCGUUUAUGUUACUUGGGGUUGCGGUGACAAAGUGGUUGAUUCCGGAGACGCGGGAGAGUGAUGGGUCGAAUACACUGCUGGAGCAGUUGGAAGAUGUGAUUAAGAUGAAUAGGCAAGUUAAGUUUUCGUGUGCGUCGGCGAGGAGAGGUGUUAGUGGUCUAGUGCUAAGCCUUUUGACUGCUUUUGUUUCGUCCGAUCUCGAGAAAAUUUUUCCCUUAGACACUGUCUGA